AUGUUACUAGCAGCAUGUCCCGAGGCUAACACAGUAAGGAUGAAGAUCGGAAAGGGAGAAGACGGAAGACGUCGGACGGUGGAGAAGAUGGACGGCGGAGAGGAAGAAGAAGAUGGAGACGGAGAGGGAGAUAGCCAACGCCGGACGGUGGACAUUAUUCUUGUACAAACCCAAACCCAAAAGCCAUCUAUCAUAUCUCCAUUGGAUGGAAUAAUUUCGCCAUGGUUGGGUAAUUUUGAGUUUUUGUUGUACAUUGACUUGUCGAACAACUCUUUUACUGGAGAGAUACCAAAGAACUUGACUGGAUUAGAUUGUCUUAUCUCCAGAGAUCUCUUGCUGGAAGACCUAUCUCUAGGUUUCCCAUUCCCAUGUUUUGUGAAACAAAACAUUAGCCUUACAGGGUUGCAGUAUAAUCAAAUUUGGAGGUUUGCACCGACACUUGACCUCAGCAAUAACUUUCUCACCGGACCCAUCAGGUCCGAGUUUGGAAACCUUAAAAAAUUGCAUUGUUUGGACCUAAAAUGCAACAAUUUAUCUGGAAACAUUCUUGAGAAUUUGUCUGGUAUGACAAGCAUAGAGACUUUGGAUUUGUCCCAUAAUGAUCUAUCCGGAGCUAUACCUCUUUCGUUGGUAAAUCUCAACUUUCUGUCCAAGUUUAGUGUUACUUACAAUCAACUAAAUGGGGCAAUCCCUACUGGAGGGCAGUUUGAAACCUUUCCAAACUUGAGCUUUGAAGGGAACCUAGGUUUAUGUGGUGAACAUUCUUUGUCGUGUUCGAUUGGCAAUCAAGUUCCUCAAGUCUCUCUUAGCAAGUCGAUGUGGGGAGAGAUUAUUGUUGAAAUGUCGUUUGGGAUUGGAUUUGAGACAACUUUUGCUGUUAUGUUCUUGUUUGUUCUAAAUAAUAAAGUUUUACAAAAAUUGACCUAUAGAGAGGUCCCAUGA